GGUCGAUUCCAUCAAUUGAUAAGGCCAGAGGCGCGCUGCCGAAUAUUUCUUUCAGAGCUGCUGCGCACUGUAAUCAUUGUCGUUGAUGCAAGCAUCAAAUGCCCAGAAUGCGUGCCACUUUGAUCUGUCUACUCUUUAUCUUUACAGGAGUCGCGAACGCCCAACUCGGUGCAAAUUCGACUAUUGAUCCCAGUACCGUUUCAGCAACCGUAAGAUCGCAAUGGUGUGAAGCCCAAAUUAACACCUGUGGUGUAUUGUGUAGUGGAGAUGCCAAUACCAAUACUUGUGACACGACCACUCUUGAUUACGGUUGCACUUGCGCUUCAAACAGCUCUGCGCCUGGCCUGCUAUACUAUACCGAAACAAUCCCAACAUACUGCUGCGAACAAAACUACGCAAACUGUAUUUCUGCAGCUUCAGGGGACGCCAGUGCUCAGGCUACUUGCCAACAGAACGAGAAAACGAACUGCGGGCAUCUAGACCCAGCAAACUUUACAGCUGUCCCCGUUGCCUCUGCAUCAACUAGCUCGGCGACACAGCAACCUCGGCUAGCCAAUCAAGUAGCUCAUUACGCUCGUCGGCAACGAGCGCGACAGGUUCAAGCACUUCGCCCAAUACCUCGCAACAAACAAACACUGGAACCUCUUCUCCCGCCCACACAAGUACCCACGCAAAUCAUGGUCUUUCGACGGGCGCAAAGGCAGGAAUCGGAAUCGGAGCUGCACUCGGCGCACUUCUCAUAGUCGCUUUGGUGCUCGGGGCUUUCUGUUAUGGCAAACGAUCUGCAGCAAAGAAAACAACUACAAGCAAUGAGAGCAACACAUUUGAGAAAGCAGAGCUUGGGCCUG